AUGGGCUUAUUCUCGAUUUUCAGGAAGGCUAAACCGGCUAUACAGUUGGAGCACCGCUCUGCUGAGGAAAAGGCUUUGGUUAGAAGACUUGAUAUGUUUCUUCUUACCUUUGGAUGUAUCAGUCAAGUCAUCAAAUAUCUCGAUCAACAAAAUAUCAACAAUGCCUAUGUUUCUGGUAUGAAGGAAGACCUGAACCUCUACGGCAACGAGCUCAAUUACUUCACCACAUACUUCAACAUUGCAUACUGUCUGAUGCUUAUCCUAUCUCAAGCAAUCAUGACAUAUGUACGUCCUAGCUACUGGCUCACUGGUCUUGAAAUCACUUGGGGUGUCAUUACAGGUCUGAUGGCACUGGUGAAGAGUGCAAAACAUGUGUAUGUUUUGCGAGUACUUCUUGGUCUGUGUGAGAGUAGUGCAUGGCCUGGUAUGAUGACUUUGCUCAUGCAUUGGUAUACGCCGACGGAGCUGGCCAAACGCAUGGGUUUCUACCAAUCUUGUCAGACUUUGGGGUAUAUGAUGUCUGGUGCUCUCCAAGCUGCCAUCAUUGCUACCCUUGACGGCACUCGUAUUUCAGGAUGGAGAUGGCUGUUUGUCAUCAAUGGCAUAAUGACAGUGGUCUGGGGAGUUUUAGGCUUCUUCAUGCUGCCUGAUGUGCCCAACAAUCCCAACCCAAGAGCUUUCUGGUUCAAAAAGGUUCACGCUGAACUUGCCAUGGAACGACUCGCCAGACAUGGUAGAGCAGAGCCAAAGAAGCUGUCUUGGGCCGGCACGAAACGAGCUUUCUCGGGGUGGACUCUAUACUUCAUCGCAGCACUCUAUAUCGCCACUGUUCACGCCCAAGGAGGCUAUUCAUACUUCAACUUGUUCCUAAAGUCUCUCACCAACGAAGAUGGAUCAAAGCGUUGGUCCACCGAAGCAAUCAACGUCAUCCCAAUCGCAGGUGGCGGUAUCGCUGUAGCAUUCGUCUGGAUCUGGGCCAUUCUAUCCGAUACCCUACGAACACGCUGGACCCUGCUGAUCGCCCAAUCUCUCAUCGGCUUAAUCCCCGCCAUCACAAUGACCCUUUGGACACGCAACCCAGAAAGUGUUCCCGUAUCCGCCGCUUACGCCAGUUACUUCAUCUCCUACCUCUCUCUCGGCACAGCACCAUUAAUCUUUUCCUGGCUCUCCGAACUCAUCCCCCAAGAUCCAGAAGCUAGAUCUCUGAUUGUUGGUACGAGUGUGGCAGGCUACUAUGCUGUUUCCGCAUGGUCUGGCAUCUUGAUCUGGCCUGCCAAGGAAGCGCCAUAUUAUAGAUGUGGAUGGCAGACUGCUUUGAGUUUGUGGUUGGUUGUGAUAUGUAUGACUUGUGUGUUGAGGUUUGUGGAUGUGAGGUAUUUGAUGCCGAAGAGGCAGAUGUUUGCGGAGACUUUGCAUGGUGAUGCGGUGCAAGAUAGUGAUGUCGCUUCAGAGCGGGGAGAUGUGGAUAGUCUCAAGGGCAAGGAUGUUGAUGUUGCGGUUAGUAGGGUCUGA